AUGUGCGAGGACGACGUUGCCGCUCUUGUCGUUGACAAUGGCUCCGGUAUGUGCAAGGCUGGAUUUGCUGGAGAUGAUGCUCCACGUGCCGUGUUCCCAUCCAUCGUAGGAAGACCUCGCCAUCAAGGUGUUAUGGUUGGAAUGGGACAAAAGGACUCAUAUGUUGGAGACGAAGCUCAAUCCAAGAGAGGAAUCCUUACCCUUAAGUACCCAAUUGAACACGGAAUCGUUACCAACUGGGACGAUAUGGAGAAGAUCUGGCAUCACACCUUCUACAACGAGCUCCGUGUUGCUCCAGAAGAGCACCCAGUUCUCCUUACUGAAGCUCCCCUCAACCCUAAGGCUAACAGAGAGAAAAUGACUCAAAUCAUGUUCGAGACUUUCAACACUCCCGCCAUGUAUGUCGCCAUCCAAGCCGUUCUCUCUCUCUACGCUUCCGGACGUACCACCGGAAUCGUACUUGAUACUGGAGAUGGUGUCACUCACACUGUCCCCAUCUACGAGGGUUAUGCUCUUCCUCAUGCUAUCCUCCGUCUUGAUCUCGCUGGACGUGACUUGACCGACUAUAUGAUGAAGAUCCUCACCGAGCGUGGAUAUUCCUUCACCACCACUGCCGAACGUGAAAUCGUUCGUGAUAUCAAGGAAAAACUCUCUUAUGUUGCUCUUGAUUUCGAGCAAGAAAUGGCUACAGCUGCUUCAUCUUCUUCUCUCGAGAAGAGUUAUGAACUUCCAGACGGACAAGUCAUCACCAUCGGAAACGAACGAUUCCGUUGCCCAGAAGCCCUCUUCCAACCCUCAUUCUUAGGAAUGGAAUCCACCGGAAUCCACGAGACCACUUACAACUCCAUCAUGAAGUGCGAUGUUGAUAUCAGAAAAGAUCUCUACGCCAACACCGUUCUUUCCGGAGGAACUUCCAUGUUCCCAGGAAUCGCUGAUCGUAUGCAAAAAGAAAUCAGUGCUUUGGCUCCAAGCACAAUGAAGAUCAAGAUUAUUGCUCCACCUGAACGCAAAUACUCAGUAUGGAUCGGAGGAUCCAUCUUGGCAUCUCUCUCCACCUUCCAACAGAUGUGGAUCUCAAAGCAAGAGUACGACGAGUCCGGUCCAUCCAUCGUCCAUCGCAAAUGCUUCUAA